AUGCACCUCCUGUGGUCAUUGGGCCUCAAACGGCGCAAGUUCUCCACCUCGACGCCGGCCCUGCUGCCCGUCACCAAUGCCCUCCAGCCUGCCGCCGCCUCGCCUCCGCCCCUUCCGGGCUCGCAUUCCUACGAGCUGCCUGGGCCGAGGGAGGAGCCCACUGCAGUCGCCAGCGCCCCUGCCACGCCGGCCUUCUACCUGCCCCACCUCAAACGCUCGUCGUGCAUCGUCACCUCUUCGUCCUCUCUGCACGACGAUACCGAGGAAAACAGCAGCAGCACCACGACUACGACCACGAUGACGAGCACACGCAACGUGCUGGAGACAUGGCCCCAGGACGAUGACGAAGAGACAGACCAGCCAGAGAUAGGAGAAGAAACGAACAAAGCACGAGCGCAGCAGAACGAAGUAGAAGAUGAGGAGGACGCGGAAGCAGUUGCGGUGAGGAAAGGCGAGGAGAGGCGGGAGAGGAAGAAGCAGUUAAAGUGGGAGAGGCGGGAGAAGCGAGAGCGGAAGCGGGAGGAGAAGGAGGGGAAGAAGAUGGAGAAGAAGACGAACAACCGGGGGCGCGAGGAGGACGCCGAGAAGAGGGCGCUACGCGAGGCCGAGGAAGAGGAGGAGGACAUGCGAGUGCUACUCGCGGCAUGCCAGCUCCAGGGCGAGACACGCAACCAGACGGCGUUCGCGUGUAGCGGCCGAACGAAGGAUCAGAAGAAGACGGAGAGCGCCAAGAAGAAGGGUGGUAAGGAGAAGAGCCCGGAGCCGAAGGUGAAGAAGAGCAGGCGAGAGCGCAAGCUGGAGAAGCGGGAGGACAAGAAGGAUAAGAAACAACGCAAGAUCGACAAGGAGCUGCAGAAGCAGAGGGAGAAGGAGGAGAAACGGCGCAGCAGGAACCGCGGCCACGCGCGAUCAUCGAGCGAUGGCGCCGCCCUCGCAUCAUCGAACAUCAAUAGUGCAGCAGGGCUGUCAUCUUCGGCCUCGAUGUCGAGCAUUACCAAGCCCAAGAAGAGCUGGCGGCCAAGUACGUGGAGGAUGAGUAGCAUCGCUUGCCUGGGUCGCGCCCCGUCCAUGGAUGGAGAGGACAGCCCACUACAGACGAGUAGCGAUUCCCAUUCUCUCGAUGGCCCAAGGGGGGACAAGGGCAGCACCAGUCGCAGAAGAUCCUCCAUCGAGAAGGGCAAGGACAAGCAGCAAGAUCACGAAGGAGAUGAUGAUCCCGACAAGAAGAGCGGGCCGGGCAAGGUGCUCGAGGAGGGCACGAUUGAGCCCUGUGGGGAGGAUGGCGAAGACGAGGGCUGGAGCGAGGAAUCGGUUGAAUGGUGCGGCGUCAAGUACGCGAAGAACGACAUGCCCCCGUUCGACACCAGCGGCCUGCGCGGCAAGACGGCGUACAACCCCAACCACUGCCUUUGGCUUGCCACGGCAGCAGCCCUCGCCUAUCGCUCCCCCGCCCAGAUCCGUCACGUCGUCACCCGCAUCUGGGAGUGGGAGGGCAUGGAGUUCUUCCACAACGCCGAGACGGACACGCAGGGGUUCGGCGCCUAUGGCAAGGACUGCAUCGUGAUCUGCUUUCGCGGCACCGAGUCCAGCAGGGACUGGUCAACCAACAUCAAGAUAUCUGAGACGGAACCCUUUCCCGAUAUGCCCGCGGUCAAGGUGCACAACGGGUUCAACCGAGCCCUCACCUCGGUACUCGAGCAGGUGGUGGACUUCAUCGCCAAGGGCCUCGAGUUCAACCCGUCCCUUCCGCUGUACAUCACGGGCCACUCGUUGGGCGGGGCGCUGGCCAACAUGUGCCUGGCCUACUUCACCUUCCCCUCGUCGCCCUUCCUCCUCAAGCACGUGGCGCGAGGGGUGGCGGUAGUUCACUCUCUUGUGCUCUCCCGCCAGAACCCUGCCCUGUACGGGUACCAGCCCGAUAGCAGUAGCAGCAGCAGUUCCUCCUCCGACGAACCGCAGGUUGCCGCGUCGCGCCGGGAGCCUCUCAUCAAGGGCGUGUACACGUUCGGGCAGCCCAAGGUGGGCAACGAGCAGUUCGCGUACGAGCUGCGGGCGCACUCGGCGGGCGCGGUGUUCUUCCGGCUGACGAACAACAACGACCUGGUGCCGUUCGUGCCGCGCCGGCUCUACGUGCACUGCGGGACGCGGCUCUUCCUGAGCGGGGCGGGCCACAUCGUGCAGGGCGACGAGGCCGCGCGGCCGGCGCGCGAGUUCUGGCGGGAGAACAACCACGGGCGCAUGUUCAAGCGCAAGCGCCAGGGCUUCCGCGACCACCUGGUCAAGUCCUACGUGGCCUUCCUGCGCGAGCACUACCGCAUCAACGAAGCCAUCCUUAUGUCGCCGCUGCGCAAGGACAUGCCGCUGCUGCGCUUCCACGACAUGGAGCGCGCCAAGCUGUCGUGCGAGGAGAUGCGGCAGCUGGUGAGCUUCGACUCGGUGAUCGAGGGCCUCAAGCACAUGACCGUGUCCGACCUCAUGGACACACGCUCGCUCGCCAUGACCGCCAAGCAGCGCAAGAAGGAGGCCCAGACCCUCGGGCGCAAGUGGCUCCGCGAGCAGCUGUGGGAAAAGCUCAAGGACAACGAGGACCAGCAGAUCAAGAAGUGCUACAAGGCGCUCAAGUGCGAGGUCGAGAAGAAGAAGGCCAAGUACCGCGGCGACUCGGCCAAGCUCGAAAAGCCCAGCAGCAGCAGCGACAGCCCGCACCCUGCUGUGGCCAAGGAGGGCGGUAAGGGCAACGGCCCCAUCGGCGCCAUCUUCGCCUCCUUCGCCUCCCUCAAGGACACCCUGCGGGCCGACAGCUGA